CAGAAAUAUCAAACAACUGCAAGAAACUUGCCAACGCUUGGCAACCGGUCCUUAUCUUUGAAGUUUUGCACACUCCUGUCGUACUCGAGUCGAUACAGAGCUGCGAGGAGAGAGCGAAGAUCAGAAUCACAUUCCUGAAGAUGUGCACUAAAGUGAGAGAAACCCUCUCGCCGCUCUCGGCCUGUUUGAGGCUGUCACACCGCAUGAAGGUUGACAUGUCAUAUCAUGUGUGUUCAUCAACAUGCCACAGCUCUGCUCUGAGCGCGGAUCGCAGCUCCGGGACGAGUUCUGAGGGCUCUGAGGGGGCGGUUCUGGAGGCGAUCUAUUAUCAGUAA